CUCCCAGAGCCGCCGAACCGCAGCGUACCCGGCGCCAUGGCCCGCGAGGAGGCGGCGGUAGCCGGCGAGGAGGCGGCAGGCGAGGCCGGCGGGCUCCUGCUGGAGAUCGUGGGCUCCCCGCUCAACCUGAGCCUGCUGGGCCUCUGCCUUUUCCUGCUCUACCAGAUCCUGCGGGGCGAGCGGCCCGCGGCACCCGCGGGCGAGGCGGAGCCGCCGCCGCUGCCCAAGAUGAAGCGCCGCGACUUCACCCUGGCGCAGCUGCGGCCCUUCGACGGCGUGAGCGACCCGCGCAUCCUCAUGGCCGUCAACGGCAAAGUCUUCGACGUGACCCGCGCCAGGAAGUUCUACGGGCCCGAGGGCCCAUAUGGCAUUUUUGCUGGAAGAGAUGCCUCCCGAGGUCUUGCCACUUUCUGCCUGGAUAAGGAGGCACUGAGGGAUGAGUACGAUGACCUCUCUGACCUCAACGCUACACAGCAAGAGACCUUGAGGGACUGGGAGUCACAAUUCACUUUUAAGUAUCAUCAUGUUGGUAAGCUGCUGAAGGAGGGGGAGGAACCCACUGUGUACUCUGAUGAAGAAGAAAAAGAUGCCCAGAGUGCAAAGAAAGAGUAGAAAGCGCAGUGAGGAACAAUCUGUGUUUGAAUCGUAAAGGAUCAUUUGUAACAUUCCACUUCUGUUUAACAAGGUGCAGCAGCAGCAAUGCUUACAAAAGGUCCAAGAGUUACAGUGAAUUGUUUCUCUUCAAUGUUUUCCUUCUCAAAUUCAGUGGUAAACUACUGAAGGUCUGUCUUCCUUUAAACCCACGUAAUCAGAAGAGUGCACAACAAAUAUCUGUGCAAAAGUAAACUGCAAUUUUGGCAAUAAAGGACUAUUCCUGUUUUUCUGCUAUCACCAUUUAGUGCAGAGUAGGUCGAAAUCCAGUUUUUCAUUAACAACCUACCACUGUGGACACAAACUCGAGUAACUUCAUGUAUGCAACACAAAUUCCACUACAUCUUUUGUUUUAACUUCUGCAGUGUGUGGCCCUUGGGCUGUAGUUCCUCUAGAAAAGGGACUAUAUUUUAUUUGUCCACAAAACACUGUACUCAUUUGUUGUGCAAUGUAAUUCAAUAUUAUAUAAUUUGGCUUUUAAGGGUUGUGUUAGUGGUUUACAGAUGAAACACUACCUUGCUUUUCAGAAAGAUCAAGAAUUUUUCAGAGGUUAAAUCACUUUUAGAUACUUUAAAAUUAAUAAGGACUGAUGAAUACUUGCUGUAUUCAACAUGCAUAAUUCUGCAUGGAUUAAUAUACUUCAUUCACAUCUGAAGUGUUACAAAGGUUUAGAUACUGAGUGGAACUAGGCAUCCCUAGAGGUACACCAUGAAGUGUGACUGCACUAGACUGCUGUUCAUUCAAUUUUCUUAGUAAAACUCUUCUGUUAAUUUAAUAAAAUUAUGUUAAGUAUG